AUGUCGCACUACGCCCUUCGCCGUGCGCAAACAGACUACCAAUCCGGUUUUCCUCAACGACAGACCUCAUCAGCUUCCACUGCUUCUUCCGCCUACUCUGGAGCGUCUAGUGCUUUUCUCCCCAGUCGUACAAGCACUGUCACUUCCACGAACUCGAGUAUCUAUGCAAGAGGCUCUCCAGGUCACAAGCGAACAAACACAACCAUAGAAGACAUGACGCCGACGAGGGCUUAUGGUGGAAGCAGCAGUGUGGAAAACAGUCCUGACCAUGUGUAUCGUAACAUCCGCCAGAGUCUGCGUCCACUUCCUCAAGCUCCAUCACCAACGUCAACACCCAAUGCUCGCCGUCCGAGUCCCUAUCACGCCCGAGCCCACACCAUCGACCGCUUCCCACAAAUUUCUUCCGAAGACCCCUUCGUGGACAAGCAUCUACAUGAGCAUCAUCAAGAGACGCAUCAAUCCAAAACUCAUACUCACCAAGGCUUACCAAACCCGCACGCAAACACCUUCAAAGCCCCUGAUCUCCGAGAACUGCAGAAAUCUUCUACGACCCAUCUGAAAACCUUAUCAAGAUUUGCCCAAGACGGCGAUGCGGAAGAAUUCGGUAUCGCAGCUCCUGGUCAGUCUGUGACUGGGUUGCAUAAUCGGAGACAAUUAAAACGUACCGACUCCGUUGCACCUGGCGCUCGGUCGGUGGCUAAGAGUUACGGCUGGGGUGAAAGAAACUGGAUGGACAAACAACGGCAAUUUUUGCAGGCCUAUGAAUAUCUCUGUCAUAUUGGUGAAGCGAAGGAAUGGAUCGAAGACAUCAUCAACAAACCAAUCCCUCCCAUUGUGCAACUGGAAGAGGCUCUACGCGACGGAGUCACGCUAGCAGAAAUAGUUCAGGCAUUUCAUCCCGACCAGGUCCUGAGGAUCUUCCGCAACCCGAAAUUGCAGUUCAAACACUCAGACAAUAUUGUACUGUUCUUCCGGUUUCUCGAGGACGUCGGUUUGCCGGACCUAUUCCGGUUCGAGCUGAUCGAUCUCUACGAAAAGAAAAACAUACCGAAAGUGAUCUACUGCAUUCAUGCUUUGUCAUGGCUCCUCUACCGCAAAGGCAUGGUUGACUUCCGGAUCGGAAACCUGGUUGGUCAGCUUGAGUUCGAGCAUCAUGAAUUGGAACAGACGCAACGAGGCCUCGACAAAGCUGGGAUUAGCAUGCCUAGUUUUUCGGGAAUGGGCGCCAGCUUUGGUGAGCCGGAGCCGGAACCAGAACCAGUGGAGACCGAAGAUGAAAGAAUAGACAAGGAGCUAAAUGAGCAAGAAGCCGUCAUCUCUGACUUUCAAACCCAGGUCCGAGGUGCGUUGGUCAGAUUGCGACUAGGCGAUGUGAUGCAGAGGCUCUGGGAUGCUGAGGAUCUCAUCGUCGACAUCCAAUCGCGCGUUCGCGGUGACUGGGCGAGACAGGUUGCCGAUUACAGGCUCCAUAUGCAACGUUUCGCCACAAAUCUCCAGGCUGCAACCCGCGGGUUUCUGGUAAGAGUGCGACAGGAGAAGAAGGCUCAGCAAUGGAGGUCAAGAGAAAAGGACGUGCUCAAGCUUCAAAGCCUCUUCAGGGCAGGACAAGCCCGGACCGAAACACGUGCCAUCAAGUCAAGAGUGCAAACACAUGAGGCUGGUAUUCGCAAUCUGCAAGCUGCCAUUCGAGGGGCUCUCUCUAGAAGAGACGCUUUCGAUCAGUACGAGGCCACCAGGACGGCCGAAAAAGAAGUCAUAUCGCUGCAAGCCGCAAUUCGCGGGAUGCUGACCAGAGCUGGACUUCAAGACGAUCGCGAAUUUCUAGAAAAUCAAAGCUAUGCGAUCACCCAAGUUCAAGCCGGAGCCAGGUCUAUGCUUGCGAGAAUAACUCAAAACAAGCUGCGCGAGAGGCUACUCAACUCGACGCUUGCAUGGGCCUCAUUACAAGCCAUCAUCCGCGCAGGUCGAGUCCGUACCAGACUUGCGGGUCUGAAGCAGUCCUUGAGAUCACAGUCAGCGUCCAUCAGCAAGUUUCAGGCAAUCCUCAGAGGCGCAAACGCAAGGGAAGCCUUUAGCUCGCUCAAGCUUUCUCUCCUGCAGCAAUCAACCAAAACCAUACCUCUGCAGGCUGCCAUCCGUGGCUUCACGGUACGGAAUCAUUUGCAACAGCAGCAACAAGCCCUUGAAAGACAUGCGUCCAAAUUCAUCCAACUCCAAGCACUUUCUCGCGGAGCACUUGUGCGAAUACAGACCGGAGAAUUGCUCACAGAGCUUGGUGAGACCGAGGACGAAGCAAUUCAACUCCAAGCUUUGAUUCGUGCCAUGCUCUGCCGCAGUCACGUUGGGGACUUACUUAGUGAGUUGGAAACAUAUGAUGAAUCCAUCAUCGAACUGCAGGCCCUUAUGAGAGCGGCCGCUAUCCGGUCCCAGUUUGCAGAGAAGAAACGUUAUUUCAAGGAGAAUAUGGAAAAGGUUAUCAAGAUUCAGAGCGUUGUUCGAGCUAAGAUUCAGGGAAAGGCAUAUAAGAGUCUCACUGCCGGCAAAAAUCCUCCUGUGGGCACACUGAAAGGCUUCGUACAUCUUCUGAACGACAGUGAUUUCGACUUUGAAGAGGAGGUGGAAUUCGAACGACUUCGCAAGACCGUGGUCCAACACGUCCGUCAGAACGAACUUGCAGAUCAGUACAUCACGCAGCUGGACAUCAAGAUUGCACUUCUGGUCAAGAACAAGAUUACCCUGGAUGAAGUAGUCAAACACCAACGCCAUUUUGGCGGCCACGUCGGUGCUCUCCUUCCUAACUCAGACAUUGCGUCGAAGGACCCGUUUGACCUGAAAGCGCUCAACAAGACCUCGCGGCGCAAAUUGGAGCAUUAUCAGGAACUCUUUUUCCUGCUUCAGACCCAGCCUCAAUAUUUGUCCAGACUAUUGAGACGCAUCAGGGAGCAGGCCACUGCGGAAAAGGAGUGUGACCGGGUGAAACAUCUGGUCAUGGGCAUUUUCGGUUACGCUCAAAAGAGAAGGGAAGAAUACUAUCUCGUCAAACUCAUUACUCGGUCCAUCAAAGAAGAAGUCGACUGCUCUGCAUCUCUUCAAGAUUACCUCCGAACAAAUUCAUUCUCCAACAAGUUGUUUGGAGCCUACAGCAAAUCGCCCCGCGACCGGAAGUUUCUGAGAGACAUACUCGGCCCCCUUGUCAAAGAGAAUAUCAUUGACAAUACGACCCUCGACCUUGAAAGUGACCCUCUUCAAAUCUACGUCUCGGCCAUCAACAACGAAGAACUGAGAACAGGCCAACGGAGCCAAAGAGAUCCCAAUGUCCCGAGGGAGGUCGCCAUCCGAGAUCCAGAGACCAGAGCAACGUUCAUUGCGCACAUGCAGGAUCUGCGAGAUAUCACAGACCAAUUCUUCCUUUGCCUAGAAGACUGUCUACAUCGGAUGCCCUUUGGCGUUCGGUUCGUUGUCCGGCAGACAUACGAACAUCUCAUUGCGCGGUUUCCUGGCGAAGAAGCUGAUUUUGUGCUUCAGCUCGUGGGCCAGUGGCUGUGGCGUCACUACCUUCAACCUGCUCUCCUGGAGCCGGAAAAGUUUGGUGUCGCCGAUCGAGCCAUGACGCAAGAACAAAAACGGAACCUUGGGGAGAUCGCAAAAGUGUUAAACCAAGCCGCUUCAGGCCGUGAGUUUGGCGGUGACAAUGUUUAUCUCCAGCCCCUGAACAACUAUGUACGCGAGUCUAUCGGACGAUUCGCGGCCAUCUGGAGUCAUGUAAUAUCAAUACCACCAGCAGAAGAGCACUAUGAUAUUGACGAGUUCAACGAUCUUUAUGCAAAGACAAAACCGACCUUGUACAUCAAAAUGGCCGACAUCUUCUCCAUCCACAAGCUGUUGUCUCAAGAGAUCAGUUCAAUUUGUCCAAACCAGGACGAUGUUCUCCGCGACAUCCUGAGGGAAUUGGGUAGCGUCCAGAGCAAUGAAAGCGAACUCAGGGGUGUGAGCUCCAGCGAGAUCAGUCUAACACUAACCCCCAAACUGUUAAACUCAGAAGAUCCAGAUGCGGAUGUGAAGACUCUAUUGACCGAGACCAAGCGGUGCGUCCUCUAUAUCAUCCGGGUCCAGUCAGGGGCCAAUCUUCUUGAAAUAUUGGUCAAGCCCAUCACACCAGAAGAUGAGGAAAAAUGGGAGACUUUGGUCAAUGACGAACUCCGCGCUGGCAAUGGGCGGCGUGGUGCUUAUACUGACGUCCACAAUCACCUCGACAUCAGCACCCUAUCAUAUCCCGACCUCAAGCGCAUUGCUUUGGAAAAUAUCUUGCAGCUAGAGUCCGUCGGUCGCCUGACACGGUCAAAUCAGUACCAAGACCUUCUCAACGCCAUUGCUAUUGAUAUCCGAACCAAACACCGGCGAAGAUUGCAGCGGCAGCGUGAACUCGAGAACGUGAAGACCACUCUAGCACGGCUUAAUGAGCAAGCAUUGUAUCUCGAACAGCAGCUCAAGACUUACAAUGACUACAUUGAACAAGCCAUGGUGACUCUGCAGAACAAGAAGAGCAAGAAACGGUUCGUGAUGCCCUUCAGUAAACAGUGGGAACACGAACGCGAGCUUCAGCGUUCCGGUCGAUCCUUCAAAUUUGGUUCCUACAAAUACUCUGCACGAACUCUGGCGGACAAGGGGGUGCUCGUCCACUGGCGCGGCUACCAUGAACGGCAAUGGGACAGAGUGGACUUGACCUUCUCUUCGAACGAAGUCGGCGUGUUCACCAUUGAUGGCAGCUCAGGGAACAUGAUGAUCCCUGGAGCCAACGCUCAAGUGCCGCUCGACGAUCUCUUACAGGCGCAGUUCAACAACACGCAAUUCAUGGAGUUCUUUGAAGGAGCCCUGCGAGUCAAUGUCAACUUAUUCUUGCAUCUGAUUAUGAAGAAGUUUUAUAAUGAAUGA